CCGAAAUGAGGAAUGUUUCGACCUGAAAUAGCAUACCGAACGCCUAAUCCACAUGAGAGCUUUGGGAAAAGUUUCUUCUUGGAUUACACACUGAAUUAAGUUGGCUGGAAGCUGGAAAGGAAAAGAGAAUUGCAUCAAUUCCAAUGUCAUCAGAGGAUAAGAGUCUGGAUCCCUCUGACCAAGGACCAUCUCCUCCCGUGAGCAGUGCUGGGGCCACACCCUCAGGGAGCCCGGCCCCCUCAGAUAUACACCCACGGGGCCGGCCUCGCAAGGAUGCUGAUUCUGUUACAUCCAAGUCCAAAAAGAAGUAUGGCAGUCAAUGUCGAGCUCAGGCAGAUGAUAAUGACAGUAUGGACGCCACUGAUGCCACAUCAGCUCGAGACAUUGACAUCACACACGACUUUGAUGUGGCUGAGCUGGAAAAUGAUGAGGACUUUGCUGAUCUGCUAGAUUUCAGUCCCAGAGAUGAGAGGCCUUUGUCCCCGCUGUUCCAACGUUCCAUGUCUGAAGACUCCGCUGGCUCGUCCGCCUCCACCAACAGAAAAACCAAAACUAGAGAAAAGCUGUGUGCCUUCUGCUACUGUGGAGAGAAGAGUCUCUUGGGUCAGGGUGAGCUGAAGUUGUUUGGACCCACGCCCGGUUACGUCCCACUGCACAUCCGGAACCGCCGCGGCAGCUCGGAGAAGGAUGACGAUUACCAUGACGACGACAAUGACUUGGACGACAAUGACAACAACCGGAGCCUGGGGCAUCGAGGGAGUAGCCUGAAAAAGGUCAGCUCACCAGACAGCGGCCUGCACUCAACUUCAGCUCCCGGUAGUACAGACCCCGCUGCUGAGGAGCUCGGCCGCAAGUUCUGGGAUGAACUCUGCCAAAUCGGCCUUCCCGAUGAAGUUAACGUUGAAUCUUUGUUUGACCCCACUGGGCAGUGCUGCUCUCACCUGCGCUGUGCAGCGUGGUCACAGGGUGUAUGCCAUGGGGAGGGACAGUCGCUGCUGUACGUGGACAAAGCAAUUGACUCAGGGAGCACAGAGUGCUGUGCAUACUGUAAGCGCCUUGGAGCCUCUAUUAAGUGCUGUGAAGAGAGCUGUGGGCGCUCUUAUCAUUACCCCUGUGCAGCUGCUGCCGGAACCUUCCAGGACAUAAAGAGAUACACCCUCCUCUGCCCCGACCACAUACAACAAGCCCUCGUACGAUCGAAAGAUGCCGCAAAGUGUGUGGCAUGUGGCAAUGCCGGAGAUGUGUUAGACCAGCUGUUCUGCUGUACGUGUGGUCAUCAUUACCAUGGCAUCUGUCUGGACAUCACAGUCACACCACUCAAGCGAGCAGGCUGGCAGUGCCCUGAAUGUAAAGUCUGCCUCACAUGCAAGAACCCAGGAGACGACAGCCAGUUGCUGGUGUGUGACAUGUGUGAUAAAUGCUAUCAUACCUUCUGUUUGCAGCCUGUCAUGGACUCCGUUCCCACCAAUGGCUGGAGGUGCAAGAACUGUCGGUCGUGUGCUCAGUGUGGACUGAGAUCCAGUGGUCAGUGGUCUUCUAAUGGUUUGCUGUGUGAAGGAUGCCAGCAGCAGCAGAAUUCAGCUCUGCUCUGCCUCGUUUGUGGACAGAGUCAAGAUACAGACGGCCCUACAGACACUAACUCCUGCAGCAUAUGCAAAAGAUGGGUUCAUGUGAACUGUGAGAGGCAGGAGGGCGGUGACCCUGAUGCCCAGGUGCAGGACGGGUACACCUGCAGUGUGUGUAAGCAGGUGGAGGAGGAGACGCAGCACCAUAAGCCCGUCAGCAGGCAGGAGGCGUUGCUCACUAAAUCAGAGCCAGUGGAGGAUGUCUUCAUUGCUGUUAAGGAAGUUAAUGAGUCUAAGGAGGAAGUGACAUUGGAGCCAGAGGCCACUGCUAGUCUACUUUCUUCAGUUCCACAAGAGUUUCUGUCAUCUGCUGAGCCUGCCCAAGAGAUCCAGGUUACAGUCACACUGACAGAGGGUCCAGAGUCUCCGGCGUGCUCCUCCACUCUAGAAUGUGUACCCUCCCUUUCUUUUCAGGUCUCUACUACUACUGAAGACCACAAUGAGGAACACAGUCUCAUUGAUGGUUUGGAAAUGAGGAAGGAAACAGUGGACAUACUGCCUAAACCUACAGAAGAUAAACCUAAAGCUGACGUUUCAAAAGCUCUUCCUGCUUUGCCAACCAAAGAAACAUCCCCCAAGCUUUCUCCAGCCCAAGAGGAGGAACCCAUGAACAUUUGUCCCUCAGACCCCUCCAGAAUAAAGGAUAAAGUCACAGCAAAUGUCCCAAAAGCUCCAAAUGUUGUUGAGGAUAUCGAGCAGGGACAGAAGCAAGACCAGCAAGAAGACGACGAAGAGGAGGAGGAGGUGGAAGAACCUGAGCUCACUUGUGUUUUACAUGAGUCUGAAGGUGUCCCACUGGUUCAAGAGCACAGUCCUACAGUGGAUAUGGACACUACACCUGCCAGUGACCACAGCCUCUCUGGCUUCUGCUCUCCCAUUGAGGAUAAGGGCCUGAUCUUGGAGCAUUCUCCGGGAUUGUCCUCUGAGGGUUUAACCAAGUUGACCCAGUCCCCAUUCUCUACUGAGGGCUCGCCCAGGGAGACGUCUCAAAGCCAGACGCCAACCUAUGGCCUGAACCUUGCCGGAUAUAGCCUAAGUGUGUCCAACACCACCUUCAUUCCACUCACUCCUAAAAUAGGUAUGGGCAAACCCGCCAUCUUGAAGAGGAAGUUCUCUCCAGGCAGGCCAAGGGUAAAGCAGGGUGCAUGGAGUUAUCGUAGCGCAGUGAGCUCGCCCUCCUGGUCUCCAGAGCGAAUGGAUGCCUGGGACAGCCCUAAGUCCAGGCCGCUACAUGGGCUGCCUAUCUGGACUGUGAGAUUGGGUCGUGGAUCUGGCUUCCCUGGAAGGAGGCGACCCAGAGGAGCUAACCUGUCUGGCAGAGGAGGCAGAGGCCGCUCAAGGCUAAAGAUGGAGAGCAGCCCCAUGGUAACCCCUGGGGUGAGCAUCAUGGAUACACCAUAUGUGGUUAAAGAAGAGGAGGAGAACUCCAUGCACAACACUGUAGUGAUGUUCUCCACCUCUGACUCCUUCACACUCAAACAAGACAUGUGUGUUGUGUGUGGUAGCUUCGGUCUGGGUGCUGAGGGCAGACUGCUGGCGUGUUCCCAGUGUGGCCAAUGUUAUCACCCCUUCUGUGUCAACAUCAAGAUCACUAAGGUGGUGUUGAGUAAGGGCUGGCGCUGUCUGGAGUGUACUGUGUGUGAGGCAUGCGGGCAGGCCACUGAUCCCGGCCGUUUACUGCUGUGUGAUGACUGUGAUAUCAGCUAUCACACAUACUGCCUUGACCCGCCGCUGCAGAAUGUACCUAAAGAAAGCUGGAAGUGCAAGUGGUGUGUGUUGUGUACUCAGUGUGGAUCAACGUCGCCCGGCCUGCGCUGUGAGUGGCAGAAUAACUACACGCAGUGCGGCCCAUGCGCAAGUCUCGCCGUGUGUCCGGUGUGUGCACGCAGCUACAGAGAGGAAGACCUCAUCUUACAGUGCCAGCAGUGUGACAGGUGGGUUCAUGCUUUAUGUCAGGGUCUGAACUCUGAAGAAGAGGUGGAGAAAGCAGCAGAUGAUGGCUUUGACUGCUCCCUAUGUAGAUUGCACACCAUGUCCACAGCAGGUGGCACAGUGGCACAGCUCACAGACAUCAGCGAACCUCCUUUAGUGGCAAAGGUUCUAACAAAAGUCAAGGAAAAUGACUUCCAGAGGACAUACACUCAGGACGGAGUGUGUCUCACUGAAUCAGGCUUGUGUCAGCUGCAGAGUCUCUGUGUUCAGACGGCCCGCCGCAGACGACCCAAACCCAAACUCAAGUUGAAGAUCAUUAAUCAGAACAGUGUGGCUGUACUGCAGACGCCCCCCGACCAACAGAUUGAGCUCUUCAGAGACGGAGACAUGGACGACAGCAGGGAGGGCGAACUGAUGGACUGUGAUGUGAAAUCUGACUCCAGCCCAGAGCGCAAGCCCAGCGAUGACCACCUGAAGGGGGCUGAUGGCAGCGACAGCAACAAGAAGAGGAAGAGGAAGCCGUACAGACCGGGUAUUGGUGGCUUUAUGGUGCGUCAAAGGAGCAAAGCAGGGCAGGGGAAAUGCAAGGCAUCCCUCAGUCGGAAAGACUCCACAAGCUCACUUACAGAGAACUUUAUGGGGAAACAGGAAGGUUGGAAUGAACCAGACACUCUUGUGGACGAGACUCCUCUGGCUGAACCUCUGGAGAAAGUCAAGAAGAGAUACAGGAAGAAGAAAACCAAACUAGAGGAAGCCUUCCCCUCAUACCUACAGGAGGCGUUCUUUGGGAAAGUACUGCUGGCUAAAAGCAAGCAGAACAAGCCAGCUCUGGAAACCCGGCUCGUUGAGGGAGAAACGAGGCAUACAGAUGGCAAAUCACAGAGCAGCAGCUUUCUGGACCUGUUAUCUGACCCGCUUCUGAGUGCCACAGCAAAUCCAGUUCCACCUAAAGCAGGCCCUCUACCAAAUGUGGAGGAUCCUUUAGUGGAGCUGGUUCUGCAUUCUGAUGAUGAUCUGCUGGGAAUGCUGUCCGAUGACCUGGGCAAGCCAGGCUCUGAUUCAGCUGGUCUGGACAUUGGCACCAUUCCAGAUGAUCAGUCGGCUGCCCCUCAUCCAAGCCCUGCUCAAGGGUCUCGACCACUGCAGGAGGAACCACUGGAUGUCAUAUUGAGCCCUGAACUGGACAAGAUGGUUUCUGAUGGGGCCAUUCUUAGUAAGCUCUACAAAAUUCCAGAGCUGGAGGGGAAGGAUGUGGAGGAUUUGUUCACAGCAGUGCUCAGUCCAAGCACCAGCCAGAUGCCUCAGCUUCCUUAUUCAAACAACACUGCCCCCAGUGCCCCAGGCACAGCAAUGCCCCUCCAGAACCGAGGUAAUGGUGGAAUGUUCCCUCGUAUGCCUAUGAUGAACGGCAUGAUGGGGCCAAACACCCACUUUCCUCCAAACCCCUUGUUGCCUGGAGCCGGUGCAUCUGGCUCGUUCUCUCCCAUUCACCGUAUGCCAUUUCCAGAAAAUGAGAGGGAAAAGGAAUUUAGCCAGAUGGGGGGUGAUCUGAUGGAUCCCUGGACUUCUCCUGGAUCCAUGCCUGGAUCGGUCCCUCCACCAGAGGCAGAGACUGACACAAUGUCAAAUGCUCAGAGGAGCACACUGAAAUGGGAGAAAGAGGAAACUCUUGGUGAAAUGGCUACCGUGGCUCCUGUACUUUACACCAAUAUGAACUUCCCCAACCUUCUAGAUGAGUUUCCAGAUUGGUCAACUAGAGUGAAGCAAAUUGCGAAGUUAUGGAGGAAAGCCAGUUCUCAGGAAAGAGCGCCGUAUGUGCAAAAGGCGCGAGACAACCGAGCUGCCCUUCGUAUAAACAAAGUUCAGCUGUCCAACAAUACAAUGAAAAGACAGCAGCAGCAGCAGCCAGCUGAUCCCUUUGAUCCCAGCAUUCCCAUGGACACAGAGCUGCUAUUCAAGGACCCGCUCAAGCACAAGGAGUCUGAGCAUGAGCAAGAAUGGAAGUUCAGACAGCAAAUGAGACAAAAGAGCAAGCAACAGGCCAAGAUUGAAGCCACUCAAAAGUUAGAGCAGGUUAAAAGUGAGCAGCAGCAGCUUCAGAAACAGCAACAACAGCAAUUCAGUGGGCAGUCUGCUGAGGACAGCCCUAAUAGUGGAAAUCAGAGUCCAGUGACAACUGAGAACAGCUGUGGAGAUAAUGAUUCUCCUUCGCAAGCAUUGACCACCAAGGAUGGCUUUGCAAGGACCCAAAUCCCUGGAACGCCAUUAUCAGGUGUAUCAACAGAUGAUGUGUUUCUGCGUCCCCAACUUCCACUCCCUUCAACCACGGCAAAGACCCCUACCCAAGACACCCAGUACCCACACGGGACCUCAUCUCAGCCUCAGUCUCCUCAAAUGUUUUCACCUGAAUCUUCUGGUUCCCGCCCCUCUUCACCUUGGGAUCCAUAUGGGAAAAUGGUGGGAACACCCCAGCCUCCAACAUCUGGGUCUAGCACGCCUCGCAGAAGCUCUGUGUCCGACAUGCAAGAGAGAAGCCGACCCUCGCCUGCCCAUGAAUCUUUUGGGUCUCCAACAUCUGCCAGCAAUGACCCAUAUGCAAAGCCUCCAGACACACCUCGACCAGCAGACCCAUUUGUGAAACCUAUGGGUCCACCCAGACCUGGACCAGUAUCAGAGCUGCAUCAACAGCAACAAGGACGGCACUUGAUCAGUAAUGUCAUCCCAGGAGACAAAUUCUCCAGACCAGGCCAAAGAUCAGAAGCAUACCAACGCAUGGCCCAUAGCCGAAUGGUUCUCUCUGAUCCCUACUCUAGACCACUGUUAACACCUAUUCCAGGAAGUAACGAGUCUGGGUCUGUGCCAGUGUUCAAAAAACCCAUGCCUCCUUUCCACUCACAGCAAGACUCUUUCAAUGCAGCACAGCAAGGCAUGAGAAGGGGGUUCGAUCAGCAGUUUGACCCUUUCGCACAUCAGCCUCUUUCUUUUCAUCCAUCAAUGGGAGAUGGUUUUAGUAAUGAGAGCAGAAUGAUGCGUCCACCACAUGGGAGUCCUUUUGCCCAACAAUUGCCCAUGAGCAGGCAUCCUCAGCGGGAUCCAUAUUCACAAGCACCAGCUACACAGAGACCAGAAUUCCCUCAACAGAUGCCUGAUCCAUAUGCACAGAUGCCUGGGACCCCAAGACCCCAUGAUCCAUAUGCCCAGAUGCCUGGUACCCCAAGACCACACUCUGAUCCAUACCCCAUGCCAACAUCCACACCUAGAACUGCAGAAAUUGAUCAGUUUGCUCAGUCGCAGUCUAACAGUCGCAGACAAUCUCCUUCUCAUGCCCUUGAUCCAUAUGCACAGAUGCCCGGUACACCAAGGCCUUCUCCUGGAGAGCGAUAUCCUAAAUCCCCAGGUAGUCAGAGAACCCCAGAUCCCUACUUGCAGCUUCCUGGAACUCCUAGGCCAAUCAAAAAUGACCCUUAUGACCAGCCACCAGGAACACCAAAGCCAGUUCUUACCGAUCCAUAUUCCCAGCCCCCAGGGACCCCACGUCCAGGGGCUGGCCCAGAGGCCUUCCCCAGGCCAAAUCCUAGAGCAAACCUUAUGCCUCACCAAACAGACCCAUUUGCUAAUAAAGCACAAAGCAGGAUUCAGGAUACAUUUGCUUGUUCAUCUGCUCGUGGUUCUCAAACUCCAAAACAUCCGGGGAUUUUAGAUGAAGGUUUCUCCCUGCCACAGACGAACUCUAACCAGACACCUGUUCAUGCACCGUUUGAACAAGCUCCACUAAACACAUGCUUACAAACCGGGGAAAGAUUGUCACAUGAUGUUUCAACAAAUACAAGCAACACAUUAAAUUCAUGUAUCACAAUGCAACCACCACUUGGAGAUGCUGAAGAGAAAAUUAAACAGCGCCAAAGACUACGACAAUUAAUUAUAAAACAGCAGCAGCAGAAAAGUGCCAUCAGACAGGAAAAGGGACUCCAGGAGGCAACUGCAAUUUCUGCAUCUGGGACACCACAGCACUGGGAACAGGAUGAUUCUGGACCUCAAAAUGAUAUGUUUGGCAGACCCCCUCCUCCAUAUCCAGGCACUAUGAGAUCACCAAUGCAGGCAGGGCAGAGAUUUCCUGGCACUUUCCUUGGCAAUCAACGAGGGUCCUUGCCUGAUGAACCCCAGUGCCCCCGACCACCAUUUCCCAUGGACAUGAACAACAUGGGUAUGAGACUCCAAAGACAGAGGUUUAGAUUUCCUUCUGGUGCCCCAAGUCAAGAGCAGUUUCUCAGGCCCCCUCACCAAAUCCAGAGUGGACAGUUGGUUGACAAUGUUCCACCACUUAUGCGAAGAUCUCUUUCAGUUGACCUUGUAAGGUCAGUGGGUGGUAAUUAUCAAAUAGGUCUUCCCCAGCAUUUUCAACCACGUGGCCUUCCAAUGCAGCAACACAGUAUAAUGGGCCAACCAUUUAUUGAGCUUCGACAUAGAGCUCAAGAAAACAGAGUCAGACUACCUUUUGUUCCACCUAAUGCUUUGGAUCAUCCUAAUCAUCCUCAGAGACCCCCUCAUGGCUUUAUGGGAGGCCAAAAUAUGACCUUUACUGGAAAUCAAGGUCCCAGAAUGAUGGAUCCGAGGUUGGGUCAGUCUCAGCAUGGAUCAGUUAGUCAUUUGCAGACAUCAUCUAAUAUGGAGAGUCUGCAUCACCUGUCAAAUAGUUUAGUGAAUACAGCACCACAACAGAUUCCAUUAGCAACACCACUUAGUCAUCCAAUCAGUGGUGAUUCAGUUGCUCCCACUCAACCUGUUGUACUCCCUGUGACACCUUCUGGUCCAACAGAGGAGAUCCCAUUGCCUUGUGUUGAUGGUAUCGAGGAAAAGAUAGAUGCAGAUGACUCUGCUGUGAAGGACCUUGAUGAUGUGGAGGUCAAGGACCUGGUUGACGAAGACCUGGACAACCUGAACCUUGAUGCAGAUGAUGGAAAAGAUUUAGACCUGGAAACAAAUGACCUUCAUCUUGAUGAUCUUCUGGAAUAUGGAAAGUUUGAUCUUAUUGCUUAUGCAGAUCCUGAGAUGAACCUUGAGGACAAAAAAGACAUGUUUAAUGAGGAACUGGAUUUGAGUGACCCAAUAGAAUAUGAUCAUGGUGAGACCUCAGACCUUCAAAAGGCCCUGUCUGAAAAACGAAAUGCCAGAUGUGAAGGUAUGUCAUCAGCUCAAACUAAAGAAGAGGUUGAACAAAGUUCUAGUAAUGUCAAACUAGAAAAGAGUCCAUCAAAAGAAGCCCUUGAUAAUACUCACACUGAAAGAACUAUCAAAACUGAGGGCCAUCAAGGUCUAGUGGACAACCAGGAGUGUUCUCUUUUUAGUAGUAAAGAUGUUCAAGAUAACGUCUCUGGCCUUUUCAUGGAGUCUUGUACAGGUGUACAUCCUGGUACUUCUCCAGUGCUGCCAAGACUAUUGUACAGGGAGAAACUGGAAGACACUAGGACUGGAUCCAUAGUUUCCAGUCUACCUGGUGACCCUACUGCCCAGACUAAUCUAGUCCCAAGCGUCCAGUUAAACAUGGGUAUGGUGAUACUGAAAGGACAACCCCAAGACCAUGGCCAAAACCCUGUAGUGACAAUGGGGCAUGGGAAUGACCCAUCACUUACUCAAGAGGCACUUUUAGGAAACCCAAAUAUGAUACAAUCUGGCAACCAGCAGGUUCCACUUCAAGGGUUUGGAGCCUCACAAGGACAACAAGUGGAUCUGAACCUGCCCAUGGUUGGUGGUCAACAGCCUGUUCCCCAUCCCAUAAACCCCCAAAUUCAACAGGGCAUGUUUACUCCAGGGGCUGCAGUGCAACAAGGGUCUCAAGUUCAGCCAACUCAACAGAACCGCCCUCUUCUAUUAGAUGAGCAGCCUCUCCUUCUACAAGAUCUGCUGGAUCAAGAGAGGCAGGAGCAGCAACAACAAAGGCAGAUGCAGGCCAUGAUUCGGCAACGGUCUAGUGAGCUUUUCCCUAGCAUUGAUGUUGAUGCCAUUACUGACCCAAUCGUGAAGGCAAAGAUGGUGGCUCUGAAGGGAAUCAACAAAGUGAUGGUGCAGAACAGUAUGGGUAUGACACCCAUGGUUAUGAACAGAAUUCAACAGAUGCCUGGAACUCAUGCUCCGGAUGCAGCUGGUUUCCCUAAGCAUUUAUUUGGACCGGAUGGAAAGAUGCCACCUCAGAUUGCGAAACCCAACCCCCCUAACUUUGCACGAGGGUCUGACAAUGAUUCUCAGAGGAAACAGUAUGAGGAGUGGCUUCAGGAAACCCAGCAGCUUCUUCAAAUGCAGCAGAAGAUUCUAGAGGACCAGAUUGGGGCCCACAGGAAAUCUAAAAAGUCCCUCUCGGCAAAACAGCGCACAGCCAAAAAAGCUGGCCGGGCGUUCCCAGAGGAGGAUGCCGAACAGCUGAAACAUGUGACUGAACAGCAAAAUGUGGUUCAAAAGCAGCUGGAACAGAUACGGAAGCAACAGAAGGAACAUGCUGAGCUCAUCGAAGAAUAUCAUGUUAAGCAGCUACAACAGCAGCAACGCCUUCAACCUGUGGUGAUGUGUCCAAUGCAGGACAUGCCAGGAAUGCAAGGACAGGCCCCUGGAAUGUUGGCUGGUGGAUCUCCUAUGGGCCAGCCAGUGAUGGGUCCUAUUAUGCCCAUGCAACAACCCCACCUUGGUCAGCCCAAGCUUCCUUGCAUGCCCAAGAUACCAGGCUGGCAUCCAGGAGCUUCUGGACCAAUGGGACCCAGGAUGCCACCUCACAUGACCCCUCAGUUGCCACUUCCUAACGCUGCUCAACCUCUCCAGGCACAACCACCGAUGGUUCCUGGAGGUAAACCUGGGCAGCCUGGCACUGUAGCUGGAGGUAAUGGUGCAGGAGCCAUUAGUGGUUCUCCUCAUGUGAAAUUUGAUGAUAAUAAUCCAUUCAGUGAGGGCUUUCAGGAGCGGGAGCGUCGGGAACGCCUCCAAGAACAGCAAGAAAAGCAGCGGGUGCAGCUUAUGCAGGAAGUUGAGAGGCAAAGGGCCUUGCAGAGGCUAGAGUUGGAGCGGCGGGGAUUGGGGAUUAGAUCUGAUAACAGCGGGGACGGCCUUGCCCAGAUGCCCUUUUUUAAUGCUGACCUGUCGCAAGAGUUCAUUCAGAUGCCCAGGACUCAACAGCAACAACAGCAGAUGGGCCAGAUGAUCCCCCAGCAAGGAGAUAUGCCAUUAGACUUUGUGGGGCCUGGUCCUGGUUUUAUGCAAGGUGCCAAGCACAGACCAAUGCCUGGGAAUGGCUCCUUUGGCCCAGAUAUGGGCCUAAAUUUUCAGUCAAAGAACCCCAUGAUGCAUGCUUUCCCACAAGGGCAGCCUCAGCCACAUGGGUUUGGAGGGGCUGGAAUGCCACCCCAGGGUGAUGCUUCUUCAUUUAGCAUGGAUUCCACAACCCCCUUACCUCCAAAUUACCCUGGUCCAGGACAGUCCCUCAUCCAACUCUAUUCCAACAUCAUUCCUGAGGAGAAGGACAAAAAGAAAAGGAACCGGAAGAAGAAAAAGGAUGAUGAUGCAGAUUCUGUUAAAACUCCUUCUACACCUCACUCAGACCUCAAUGCCCCUCUUACACCAUGUGUAUCGGACACUUCAUCCACCCCAACACGGAGUGUUGCCAUCUUGGGGGACCAGGACACCUCAGAGUUCUCCAAUCCUCUAGGUUCUAUGCCUGGCCUCCAGUCAUCCUCAGAGCUGGAGAAUCAACUCUCUGGAGGUACUCCACUGAGGCGGCACUCCAGUUUGGGAUCGGAGGCAGAGCGAGUGCUCCUCCAUGAGAUCAAGCUGGAAAAGUUGGAAGCCAGUGAUUGCCAAAAGGCUGAAGGAGAGGCAACACUUGGCCAUGGUGCAGGAGGAGAUGGUAUUGUAAAGAUGGAAGAGGUCCAUGAAGUCAUUUCUCCCAGCCCAACAUCCCAGAAUCCAGCUCAAGGCAACAAUGGAGAAACUGGAAAUGAGUUGCUUAAACAUCUUCUGAAGAACAAGAGCACACCUCUUCCCUCUUCAACACCUCUCACACACCAGAUGUCCAAUGACAGCAUACGAUCGGAGGAUGAGGGCCUGGUCGACAGCAAAGGCUCUGAAAAACUUGGCAAUAUAGAUUCUUUGAGUGGCAUAAAUGGUCAGUUGACAGUAAAUGCAGAUUUGGAGUCAUCUCUACCAGAGCAAUGCAGGAGAAAACAGCACAACAAGAGGACACCAAAGAGUGGGAACGAGAAAGCUCCGUCACGCUGGAAAAAGAGGAAGAAGGAGGAUGAAGAGAGGCAGGUGCUAUACAACAGCACAGAUACACUGAUGACUCAACUCAAACAGGAGCUCUCUAUGCUCCCACUUCUGGAGCCUGUGAUCAGGGUAAAUUUUGCACACUUUCCCCCAUACGGCAGUAGGCAGCUGGAUGGAGAGAACCGCCUAUCUGGAUCUUUUGGAAGUGCAUCACUGGAUGGCGUAUCUGAUUACUACUCACAGCUCAUCUAUAAGCAGAACAAUCUCAGCAAUCCCCCCACACCACCUGCUUCACUGCCCCCCACACCGCCCCCUUUGGCCAGACAGAAGCUGUUGAAUGGCUUUGCCACCACGGAGGAACUGGCCAGGAAGGCUGAAGUAAUGGGUGAACAUGAGGUUUCUAAAAGCUUGGGUCAGAAGCCACUCACAACUCCAUUCAAAGGUAAGGAUGACCAGCUUGGUCCCAUCACUCACGGCCCCAAGACUGUUGAUGUUCCUGCAUCCCUCCCUACUCCACCUCACAACAACCAGGAGGAACUUCGGGGUCAAGAGCAUUGUGUUGACAGGGACACCCCUGACAGCUUUGUCUUAUCAUCCUCUCCUGAGAGUGUGGUUGGCAUGGAGAUCAGCCGUUAUCCAGAUCUCUAUAGAGUUAAAGAGGAGCGGCCAUCCCCUGCUGUCUCUCCGGUUAUCCCCAUGCUGCCCAGCGCCAGUGGUAAAGGCUCUGAAGCCAAGCUGUGGGAAGUCAAGACAGAGCCACCCAGCAAUUUGUUUGGUUCACAAUUUGGACAACUGCCCACCUGCUCAAGAACUGACGUGGUCUCUGUAGCCAUUACUCUGAAUCCAGUGGCUGCACAGAACAUUCAAGGGGUGGUGUCAGCACUGGCAAACAUGCUUUGCAUGUCAAUCCCAGGCAGCUAUGAGGUGAUCCGCUCUCCAGGCCCAGUGCACCGCAGCUCAAUAGAAAUGCUUACUGGACUGAAGGUCCCUCCUCAAACUGCUCUGUUCCACCAGCAACCUGGAAUGAGGCUCAUUAGGCCACCAGGUGCCUCAGUACCCCAUCAAACAUUUAGCGAGGGUUCAGUUGUGAUCAGACCAGAUUAUCAGAUGGGUGGAAGGAGCCCAGGGCUUAAACCGCAGUGGUGCUCCCACUGCAAGGUGGUGGUUCUUGGAAAUGGGUUUCGCAAGUCCAUCAAAGACCUGCCCGUAAAUAAACAGGGCCAUGGAGGUGCUGAGGGGAGCCUGGUCUUCUGCAGUCAUAAUUGCUUUGUUCUCUAUUCAGCUACCAUGCAGGCUAAAUCUGUAGACGGCAAGCCAAACAUGUCUUUUAUGUCUGACUCUGAGGACAAGCAUAUUCCCGAAAAGGUUCUCCAUAAAUACAGUUACAACAUAUCUGAUCUGGACGUGCACUGUUUGGCCCAGCUACAGCCCAAGCUGUCUCCAUCCCCAACUCCACCAAUAUCUUUUCCCUCCAUCACUUCCGAGUCAUUCAGAGGAGAUGCCAAAUCAGAGGCUCUGAAGGUCACUGUCAAACUGAAGCCUCGGCCUCGAGCGGUGCACAACAGUGGGGACAACCCUGGGCAUUGGUCAGGAAAGCGCUGGAAGGCUGUGCGUUGGAGGAAGUGGAGCAUUCAUAUUGUGGUGCCUAAGGGUAACUACCACCUGCCAGUGGAGGAAGAGGUAGAUGAACUGCUGAAGAAACUUGGGACGUCUCUUAGACCCGAACCCAUGCCCAAAGACUCCCGCUGCUGCUGCUUCUGCCACGAAGAAGGAGACGGGCUGACUGACGGGCCGGCCCGACUCCUCAACCUUGAUCUGGACUUGUGGGUGCACCUGAACUGUGCCCUGUGGUCUACUGAAGUCUACGAGACUCAGGCUGGGGCUCUCAUCAACGUAGAGCUGGCCUUGAGAAGAGGCUUAUCGGUGCGCUGUGCGUACUGCCAACAAACCGGUGCCACGAGUGGAUGCCACCGCCUGCGCUGUACCAACGUGUACCAUUUUACUUGUGCGCUUAAGGCACAGUGCACGUUCUUCAAAGACAAGACCAUGUUGUGCCAUGUGCACAGGCCCAGAGGAACCGGCUUGUUUGGAUGUGGGCUGGCAGGGACCGAGCAUGAACUUCACUGCUUCGCUGUGUUCCGUCGGGUCUACGUGCAGAGAGACGAGGGUCGGCAGAUCGCCAGGAUUAUUCAGAGGGGUGAGCGGAAACACACUUUCCGUGUGGGUAGCCUGGUUUUCCAUUCGGUCGGUCAGUUGCUCCCGCAGCAGAUGCAGGCUUUCCACUCAACCACUGCCAUCUUUCCUGUGGGCUAUGAGGCCAGCCGCAUCUACUGGAGCAUGCGGCACGGCAACCGUCGUUGCCACUAUGUGUGUUCUAUUGAUGAGAAAGAUGGCGAGCCAGAGUUUAUUAUCCGCAUCAUGGAGCAGGGUUACGAUGACCUGGUGCUGACUGGCGCCUCACCAAAAGGUGUGUGGGAUAAGGUUCUGGAGCCAGUGGCAGACAGACGGAAUGAGACAGGGUUGCUGAAGCUCUUCCCUGUCUACCUGAAGGGAGAGGACCUUUUUGGACUGACUGUAUCUGCUGUUACCAGAAUUGUGGAAUCUCUUCCUGGAGUGGACGCGUGUGACCGUUACACGUUCCGUUAUGGCUGUAACCCUCUGAUGCAGCUGCCUUUGGCUAUCAACCCCUCCGGAUGUGCCCGCUCUGAACCAAAAGCAUGGACACAUAUCAAGAGGCCUCACACUCUGACCCGCAGCAGCAGCUCUUUUAAGGCCCCGCAGAGCCCUGGAAAUCCAGUUGAGAUGGGUGUGGCUCCGUACAGCAAACAGUUUGCCCAUUCCAAAUCCUCCCAGUACCGCCGCAUGAAUGCUGAGUGGAAGUCCAACGUCUACCUGGCCCGCUCACGUAUUCAGGGUUUGGGACUGUAUGCCGCUCGGGACAUUGAAAAAUACACAAUGGUGAUUGAAUACAUUGGCACCAUCAUUCGUAAUGAGGUGGCAAACAGGAAGGAGAAGAUGUAUGAGGCACAGAAUCGUGGCGUCUACAUGUUUCGCAUUGAUAGUGAACAUGUUAUUGAUGCAACUAUUACAGGAGGACCUGCAAGGUACAUCAACCACUCCUGUGCACCCAACUGCAUUACUGAGGUCGUAACCUUUGAGAGAGGUCACAAAAUCAUCAUCAGUUCCAACCGCCGAAUCCAGCGAGGCGAAGAGUUGUGUUACGACUACAAGUUUGAUCUGGAAGACGAUCAACACAAAAUUCCUUGUCACUGUGGUGCCGUAAAUUGCCGUAAAUGGAUGAACUAAACCUAAGAUAUCAGAGAAAUGAUUGACAAUUCAACAUAUAUGCAUUCCUUGUUUUUUGUCUAGGCCCAUUUCUAAACAGGAAACAUUUUAUUACUUAACAAAACAAUCUAGAAAAUAACAAACUAAAAUAAGUUGUUACGGUUGGAUUUAGACCGCAGAACUGUAAAUUUUUUUACCUGGUUUUCAGAAAGUAGAGAGACUCUAGGGGUCUCUUGGUUCAGUGGCGGGAGAGUUGGUAUAGUUUAUGAAUGAGCACCUUCACCUUAAAUAAAACACAGGCUGCACACUGGUUACUUUGAAUUGCAAAGACAAUGUAAAUGUAUUUUUUUCUGUACGAGAGAUUCGAUGAAGCGCUCUGGCAAACAGGGAGAGAUGUAAACGAGAUUUUCAAGCGGGCUCGGGCUUGAAAGUGCUGGCCACAGCCUUAUUUAGAUAUUAAGAGGCAGGUCCUCGGGGUAAAGAAAUAUAUAUACAGAUAUAUACACAUAUAGUUACAGAAAUGUAGACACCACUGAACAAGGAAUGUACUGAGAUGACUUCCUUAGGGAUAAAGCUAAGGGAAUUAUUAACUUGCACUAAAACAGAAAGAUACCGUUGAAAUACUUGAUUCCUUGAGUCAGUUUAUUUUUUCCUUUGUUUUGAUUUCUGUAAAAUAAGAGAGUGCUUUUGUAUUUAUUAUUGAUUGAAGCUAUUUUUUAAAAGAUGUGGAGACGCAGAGAGUCGAGCUGCUCAGAAAGCCUGCCGAUUUGACAGAACAUGUUACUUUAUAUUAUGUGUAAAUAUCCGUCUAUAAAUGAAAUGUUUGAAUACUCGACCAAAUGUUACCUUAACUUUAUCAUAGCUGUUUGGGUGAUCUUUUGUUUGUUUUCAACAAAGUGAAAAGUGAAAAAAAAUGAAAUAAUAAUAAAUGAGAAAAAAAGUAUUUAAGAAGGAUGUCAAGAUGUCAUUUUGAGAGUAUAUGUGUUAUAUACAAUUGUACAGAAUCUGUAAAAAAAAAAAAUUAAAAGAAUUCAGAGUAUUUUUGUUGUAUUUAGAAUGUAGAAUCAAUCAAUAAUGGCUAAAAUGAUCUGAUCACUUGAAGAAUACCCUUUACUUUAUUUUUUUGCUUUUUUAAUCUAUUUUCACAAUCAAAAAGAGCACCAGUCAUGCUAAAAUGAUUGUUACAUCCUAACUCAGUUCAACAGAUUGUGUGCACUGUGAAUUUCUAUUUGAAUCCUCCCAUAAAUCUUCCAAUAGUUUCCUUUAGCGUGCACGGGCUGUUGUUAAUGCUCCGCACCAUCUAAACUCACCUUCAGAACUUUAGUGAUGAAGUUCAAUGCCUUUCACAUUCGUUCACAAAACACAAUGGGUAGAUAUUAAUACAAUGUAAGGUAUGCUUCUUGUUUACAUUUGUUUUGUUUUUUGUAAAGAGUUUUUCUAGUGUUGAUUUGUUGAAAAGUAAAAAUCAUGGUAUAAUGUCACAAACUCAACUCAGACAUAAUUCAAACCCUGGUAAUGGCACUUUGCAGACCAGUUUGAAAUGAAGUUUUUUAUGUGCAAAACUAACGUGGACUACAAUUGUUGGUAUUCUUAAACAGUCCUGAGCUUGUAAUAUACAUGGCAUGAUGUUUUUUUCUUUUUUUUUUCUUUGAUUUCUUUGAAUCAAUUGUACAUAUUUUCUCAAUGACUGGCUGUAAUAAAUUGUUUCUUGGAUAUUUUUUCCCCUGUACGAUAUUCAGACAUUUAACAGUAUUUGCCUUUUUCUUUGUUCUGUAUAGUAGUAUCAAAUGUUAAAAUUAAGCUUUUUUGGGGGGAGGGGUAUACAAAGUGUGGGUUUUGGUGUUUGUGGAAUCAGAUUUAGGAGCAUUUACAAAAACAAAAUAAAAUAUUUUAC